AUGGGUCGCUAUAAUGAAAUUCUAGGAACAGCUUCGUCCAAUGUUCCUGCUUAUUCGAAUGGUCAUGACGAAUAUUUUUCCGGUGAACAUCAUUACUUUCAUGGAGUAUUGACUGGAUUCAAAUGGCAAUGUGUCGAAUACGCUCGUCGAUGGUUGUUGAUACGAAAAACAUGUACAUUCAAAAGUGUUCCAUCAGCUGCAGAUGCCUGGCAUGAUUUAUCCCAUGUAGAACGUUUAACCGAUGGAAAAAGAUUUCCACUAAUUGCUCAUUCGAAUGGUUCACCUUCUGCGCCGAAAAAGGACUCUUUUUUGAUCUAUUCUCGCUGUCGCGAUCUUCCUUUUGGACACAUCGCCGUAAUAACUGAUGUCGGUAGUGAUUCUAUUCGUAUUGCUGAACAGAACUAUCGAUUUCAUCGUUGGUCGGGCAAUUAUGCGCGUCAGAUUCCGAUGGUAUUCAGAGAUGGAGGAUAUUAUCUUCACGACCGAUAUCGAAUCGAUGGAUGGAUGGAAAUUGCUGAUAAUGGACAACUUCAGCCGCUAGAUGAACCGUCAUUAGAAAUCAUACGUGCUAAGCAACGACUGUAG